AUGGUUUACUCGUCUGUCUCGCACUCUCCAAUCACACAGACAGAUCGAUCGAAUCGAUCAUUCCCCAACUCUAGCCCUAGCCACCAUCACUCCCCAAAUCCUCCCAUGGCUGAUCUGCCCGCACUCGCACUCGGAGACUCUACAGUGCCCAAUCUAAACGCCGCUUAUUCUGCAGGAGCCGAGCUCCGGUACUCUACGGUUCUAACGAGGAGAGCAAAUCCGGAGAUGCAGUGGCCUCCACUUCCCCCCGAACUCCUAUUGAUAUUUCAAAAUAUCAUAGAUGGCCAGACCCGACUUCAGACCCAACUUCAAAAUCUCCCGAUCCAACUUCAUACCCAACUUCAGGAGCCCAUGACCCAACUUCAGGAGCGCAUAACCCAACUUCAGACCCAACUUCAGGAGGGCAUAACCCAACUUCGGGAGGGCAUAACCCAAAUUCAGGAGGGCAACCAACUUCAUACCCAAUUUCAGGAGGGCGUGACCCCACUUCAUGGGUCGCUAAAUCAAUUGGACAUGAAGGUUGACACAUUUAUCCAGAUGGGGUCUUCUCAAGAAGUAGGAAGUAGCUCAAUAAGUAGGAAAAGAAGUAAGAGGAAGUAG